AAAACAAUCACACAACAUUUCUGACUGCUAGACCUGCGGCUCACAGUCAAACUGCGUUACAGAUAUCAGAGUAAGGGGGACUCUCCGUGGAAAGUCAUCCCCACGGAUGGCGGACGGGGCAGCAAACCUCCAUGGGGCCCCUGAAUCCCAGGAGCAAUCCAGGAAAAGUGACGAUGUUGCAACCAAACGACCCCGAAAGAGAACUGAGCAACAAGAAUCCGUGAAUCCUACCAGAAACAAUCGGGAAAAGAAAAGGAGGCAAAGAAGAAAUCAGAGGAGAAAAAAGAGCGUCUCUGAUCUGAAAGGUGAAAUCACAGAAAAAGAAGAGAAUGAGGCUGUUGAGACCACAAGCAGCCAAACCGAGGAAGGCGUGUUUGCAAAAGACCAGCAUCUUCAGGCGGAAGAAGGCUUGCAAAAAGAGGGAAAUGUUGAAAAACCCCAGAAAGAUACAAAGAUGGUGCAAACUCAGACGCAAACAAAGAAACUUAAAGGCAAACAUAAAUUCACACAGACUGUAGUUGUGUUUCAGAAGAACAAGGAAACACAGACAGACUUCCUCGAUCCGAAGCAAGAUGACUCCUCACAAAAAAAGAGUCAACAAGACACUCCUGGUCUUGCUGAGACUGAACCCAAGUCUUGGCCGGACAACGGCGCUAUCCCCGGGCCAAAUGACAAUCCAGUCGAAGGCAGCACAACCGAGUCAACGACUAAAAACGAGAAUGAUCAACCUCCAGGAUUAUCAGAUAAGGCGGCAUCAUCUCAGCCUGACCAGGAUGCCAAACUAAAGUCCUACGCCAACGCUGUCUCUGGAGGACAAGCAGGAGAGGGAACGUCCAGUUCGGCACCCUCAAAGAAAGCAGAUAAAGCACCUCUAAGCACCCGGGAUCGUAGCCCAAUCAGACCUCCUCCUGGCGCUCCCAUGUUUACAUUGCACAUCUACGCUGUGCUGGACAAAAAGUUUAGAUUCAACCAAGAACACGACAAACUCCUAUUGUGUUAUAAUGAUUAUGGGCAUUUGCCCUUUGAAAUAACACAUUCUGUAGAGAUAAAACACGGACACCUUUUGGUAGAAGCACGUCUCUCCGUUGAUGAAAAUACACUGGAGAGAGGUUUUUACCAGAAAUAUUGGUAUGGUGUUAAGCAGAGAAACAGAUACAUUUCUGGAACAGCCACAAGAGUUUUUCAGAUCCCAUUAAACCCAAAUAUUAAAGAGCUACACCUUUAUGAAGGCUUCAUCUGUCGUCAUGAUAGGCAGAGUGUUUUCACAGCUGGCCUACAAUUGUUUGGGUUGAAAGAAUCAAAAGGUGAUGAAAUUUCCACCGCCUGGCAGACCUCAGCAUCAGUUCUCCUGAACAGGAUCUUCCAGAAAUGGACUCCAUCCGACAAACAAAGCACCAAGAGUCUGUGCGACCAUCUGAUGCAUUUUAUCUGGAGUUUCAGUUCAGCUCAAGUCCGAAUUUCAUACCCAGACAAUUCCAUGCCUCCCGUAGUCAAGCCAUUCGAGCUGAUUUCAGAACGUUUGGUGCAGAUUUUAAAAGGCGAGCCAAAGGAAAAAUUGCCAGGAAGCUGCAGAAACUCCAGUCCUCUGGUUCUGGGUCUGUCUGUCUUCAUGGUCACAAAUUUCUGCAACAUCAACCUUGGAGUUAAAGGCUGGGCAGAGUUGUGCCUGCUGGUGUCCUCAGAGGCCGUGAUUGACAAGACGACCCGGGAGGAGUUGCUCUCUUCAUUAGGAAAUCCUCAGUACACAGUGAUUGGUCUGAUGAACGUCUGUGUCCAGGAGAGGGUGGUGGAGCUCGUCCUGCUCCCUCCUCUCCUCUUCAGGCUCAGACAGCCGGGAGCUGAUGCAGCUAAAGUGGCUCCACAUGUUGAAGAGGACGACUGGUCAGGACUUAAAGGCAUCAACUUCAUCCGAUUCAGAGAAAAUGUGCAGCCCCACUCUGACAAAAGAAAGAAAAUGCUCUCACUGAUCCAGAAAAAGUUACCAGCAGCUGCAGAGAAGCCGAUACUCCUGACGAGCUGGUUGGCCCUGAUCCCGUUUGAUGAUCUUCCUGAAUUCGCAGACCUGACGGGAGUCGGCGCAGAGCAUCUGAUCCAGAGUCUGUUGUACAGGCUGCGAACAUGCGGAGAGAAAAUGGAUCUCAGUAAAAAUGAGGCAAUCGUGAAGCUUGCCGAUAAAUCUCUGAACCACAUCCUGUUGAAGGCAGAUAAACAGAAGGACAGACUGGCUGAAUCUGGAAACCUGCCGUCAGUGUUUAAGAGUAGCGUCAAAGUAUUGACGUACGCGUUUCAGAUUGUCCGACUUGUCCCGUGGUACCAAACAGUGGUGCUGUCCGUCCAGCUGGUGCUGAAACUGGCUGAGAUUCUGGAGGCGAAGCUAAGAGGAGAGUCUGACAAAGGUGGUGAUGAUGAGGCCUGUAAGCAGAGGAUCAGGGAGGAGCUGGUUGCUGUGCAGGAACGGAUCAGUCAGUGGAGAGAUGAACUGCUGAAAAAACCACUAAUGAAUGGAACAUCACUCACUUAUCCAAAGGAACUUGAGCUGUGGGACGCGCUGCUGAAGGUUAAAUGUUCCUCUGAAGACGUUUCCUCUCACUGGGAGGCAAAGCUAAAGAAAGAUCUGAAGAAGAGGAUAUCUGAGUCGACAGAAGAGGAUAGAGUGUUGGUCUGUUGUCUGAACUCAUCUGCGGCUGCUUUGAGCAAAAGUCACGAGGUUGUCCAGAACUGUUUCGACGAGAUGCUUCACUCGGCCAUCAAGACUGUCUGUAAGAGAGGAAAGGAAGGAGACCUGAUGAGAAGCCUGACCUCAAAGGUGAAGCAUCUUCCUCCUGGAGUCCUGUCUGCUGUCGUGGUUGAGUCUGCAGCUCGCUUCAGAGACAACAUGGUCCUCCAGCUGCUGGAUCCACAGUCAGCUGUGAACUUUCUGCUCUCCAACUAUAACUGGACAUCCAUCAAGGUGGACGACGUGGCGGGACAGGUGGUCCACAGCUGCGUGGAGGCUGUCCACCCUCUGAUGGCGUCCCUUCUUGAAGGAAGCGUGUCUCUGGCACAUCUACAGACCUGUCUGAAAUACCGAGAGCAGUUCAGGGGACUUUACCGGCAAUACAGGAGGAACAUCAAGUCUGAGAGCGUUCCCGUUGAUGCAGAGCUUGUUUUGGCUCGGAGAGAGGAGGACCUGAAUGCUUUCAUGCUGCGGAAGCAGGGGAUAGAUACGCUGAUAAAGAUGUUGGCGAAGGUUACAGAAAGCAUCACGGUUCCUGAGGCGUCGGCUCUUGAAGUGCAGCACGGCGCAGACCUCGGUGCUGUGAGUCUGAACAGACUGGUGCGUGUUCAGGCCUUUGAUGCAGAAGGGAAGCUGCCGAACACGGGUUCUCCUCCGGUCCUUUGGUACAAAAUCAGUAUGAACGUCUUGAAAAUGUCCUCGCAGAUGCACAAACUGCAUCACAGCAACCUGAUUCUCUCCUCGUGGGUCAAACGAGCAGCGUCCAUAGCAGAGCUAUUUCCUGUCCCGCCUCCCGUCCAGGUGACUCUGGCACAGAUCUCUGAGAACAUCUGGCAGCCUCUGCUGGAGGAGUUCUCACACCUGGGAGUCAGCAUCGCUGAAGCUGACAUCAAGUUCAGGCAGCUGGACCAGGUGUUAGAGGACUCUGGUGAUCAGGGGGAUGGAAAGCUGCUGACGAAGGAGCUGGAUCUCAUGUCAGAGAUCAUUUCUGCAGCGGGAGAAGUCCCGGCCGAGGAGAACUGGGUCCAGACGAGGCUGUGUCAGAUCCAGGAGUACAGACAGCUUCACGAUGCAGCGGCUGCGGCCAGCGCGGUCCUGAGAAUCGCUGAGAGGAUGAGGCUUUCCGGAAACUUCUCUGAAAUUAUCAGCCUCAGCCAACUGCAUGAAGACACCUUUAAGCAGAGGGUCCUGGCGUCUCUCACUGAUGAGCUGUUUGAUGCCAGACGGCAGCUCUCCGCGGUCACCAGCAAGCACACCGCGUGUUUGGAAGAGUUUCUUAAAAGCCAAGCUCUGGUCAACUGGGUCAGGGAGAACCUCGGAACUAUGAGCGAUGUCAAGGUUUACGUGGAACUGGCUUCCAUAUCUGCCGGAGAGAACGACGCAGAGAUCGACCAGGUGGCCUGCUUCCAUGAUGCGGUGAUGGGAUACGGGCCCCUGCUCUACUCCCUCUCCCCGCAGGCCGGCUUCCAGGAGUUCAUGAAGUGUGCUCAGCAGGUGUGGGACGCCCAGAGCAGAGACGACAAGCUCCCCGACAAACUGGGAGAGUCGACUCGAUUGCUGAGCUGGCUAAAAGGCCUGAAGGAAACUCACGGCUCUGUGGAGCAGUCCUCGCUCUCGCUCGCUUCCUCCAUCAACGCGCAUGGAGUUUAUCACGUUGGAUGGUCUAACGCAAGUACAGAGAAGAGAUGUCUUGAAAACAUGGUUCUGGUGACGGUAGAAAUGAGUAAAGAGGCGAGACGGUACAAGCUUGAAGAUCUGCUGGAGCUUCAGAACAAACUUAUGCUGAUGUCGUCUAAAGGGGAACACGGCAGAGAACAGGUCAACAGAUUCACCGAGGUGUUUGAAGGCGUUCAGAGAGUGGGAUCAGUCCUUCUUCAGAUGCAAACAUCUGGCAACAUGCUCUUCAGGGACUGGUCAGCCGAGGUCCACUGCUGCCCACAGCAGCAGCAGCAGCCGUGCAUCAGCAUCACCUUCUCGUCCCUCAGGGGGGAGCAGAUGCUGUACUAUGGGGAGGUGACGGAGCAGCUGCAGACACUGGCCCAGUCCAUGGACUCCUGCCACAGGGAGUGGUGCUCCUUCAUCAGCGAGAUGCGGUCCAGCUUCCCCUUGUUGGACCACUACACCUCAGAGCAGCUGGUGUACAUGUGCCACUGGAUGCACAAAGUGUGUCAGCGUCAGGCAUCGGUUCCUCAGCAGCUGUGGCACCUGCUUUUUCCCAUAAAGCCUCAGUGCACGCUGAAUGAUGUUAGGGUUGCUUACAACAGAGCAGCGAGCAUGACCUCCCAGAAGGAGGAUGACUCUGAUGAUGAGGAGGAGGAGGGCGAAGCGUCAAUGGACGUGGCAGCAGCUGCAGCCGAGGACGAGGACCUGGAAGAGGAUCGAGAUUUAAUGCAGUUUUCAACAGAUGAGGAAGACGAUGAUGGCAAUCGUGCAAAGGAGGAUUGUCUUGAAACUCUUUGGAGGCAGUUCAGGAGGAAUAUGACCCAGCACCUUGGUGAGUCCCUGGACAUCAUCAGCCUCGGUCACCUCCUGACGUACCUGUCUGAAACAAACCCGCUCCACAUGAUCAGGAAUCUCCCACGGGUCCUGCAGGAGGGAAAGCCAAACCUCGUGCUUUGUCCGACUGCCGAAGUUUACACCACAACUCUGUCGUUUUACAUGGAGAGUCCAGAGCAGCCUCUGCCGUCCGCAGACGAGGUCCUAGUCUGCAGAGAGCAAACGACCAGAGAAGAGGUGGAGAUCUUCCUGCGCAGAGCUCUCUGCCAAGCCUCCAGAGAAAACUGGCAGAAGAUCUACUCUCUGGUGAAUCCUGGUGUGCUGGGAUAUGAAGCCAGUGAAGCCCUGGUGGAGCUCUAUGAAGGCCUAGAGAGAAGUGCUGGCCCGCAUUAUCGUCUGGUGAUAGUCAGCCCCGUUGUGCACCAGCACAGAUGCGUCCCAUCGUACUUCAGCAACUACAAAGUGCAGAUCGGUAUGAGUCUCGCAGCAGACAGGGCUAGAAGAUACCUGCAUCACCACUUCACCCUGAACCAGUUGUCCCAAAACCCAGUCGCUCUGGUUUCUCCAGAUCAGCUCUCUGUCUGGGUGGUGUCAUCGGUGCGCCCCGCAGUGGGGAAGUCCCUUUACGUGGAGCGUUUGUUCGAGAGGUUCCAGCAGAAAUCUCCAAGAGCAAAACACGUGAGGAUCCGACUGAUCGAGGCCCACGUGGACGUCGACUCGCUGGUUGCCACUCUGACAGAGAGCCUGUCCGAGCUCAGAGAGCAGGACCCCAUUCUCCUUCAUAUCGACUCAGCUGGAGUCCGUUCGGGUCUGGAGGAGCUUCUGUUCCAUCUGUUGGUUCUGGGCUGUUUGAGUGACAGCCAGGGCACGUUGUGGAGAAAGAAUAAGGCUCAUCUGAUCACGGUGGAAGUCCUGAAAACAAACACGGGGCAUCAAAACCAGGCAAAAGAGAUGUGGGCCGGACUGCUUGAAAUUCUGCCAACCAUUCACUGCAAAGCUCCGAGAGAAGUGAUGCAGCUGUUGGCCAGCCAAAGGUUGGCCGGAAAGAAGAGCUAUGAUCCACUUGUGGAUGAACAGGAGUUUUUCAGCGAGGGAAUUCAAAGGCCUUAUCAAUACUUAAAGCGCUACAGUCAGAAUCAACCUCUGGAUCGAUUUAACUAUCAGGAAGGAUCCAGAGUUGGCGGCCACAGCGAUUGCCUGAAGCUCUUUCUGCGGCACUGCGGCAUGGACGAUCCAUCUUGGGGGGAACUGAAGAAUUUCUCCUGGUUCCUCAAUGUGCAGCUGAAAGACUGUGAGAGCUCUGUUUUCUGCGAUCCAGACUUUCUGGCUGACCAGCUGCCAGGCUUCAAAGGCUUCAUUGUGAAGUUCAUGAUUCUCAUGGCAAGGGAUUUCGCCUCGCCGUCUCUAAACUUCUCUGACGAAAGUCCCACCUUUUGCAACGCAAGCAGUCAAGAAGACGACCUUCUCACCCGCCUGACAAUUCGGAAGCGAUGGGAGAAUGAAUCCCACCCGUACAUUUUCUUCAACGCAGACCACUCCUCCAUGUCUUUCCUCGGCUUCAAUGUGCAGAUCUGCCGGUGGCAGAACACCCUCAGUGCAGUGGAUCCUCACAGCGGUAAGGUUCUCAUGGAGCAAGUAAUGUCACAGGAACUGUUCAAAGGUCUGCAGCGACAAAGGAUUUCUCUCACUGAGGACUUUGACCAGCUGUCCCGUCCAGACAAAAUCAAAAGGAUUUCUUGUGUUGUCGGUGCAAACAGAGGAAUCAUGGACAGAAGCUUCGAUCCGGACCCAACGUACGAGCUCACCGUAGACAACGUGAUGAAGAUGUUGGCCAUACACAUGAGAUUCAGAUGCGGGAUUCCAGUUGUCAUCAUGGGCGAGACUGGCUGUGGGAAAACCCGACUGGUCCGUUUCCUCUGUACGUUGCAACGGGAGGAAAGACCAGUGGAGAACAUGGUUCUUGUUAAAGUACAUGGUGGGACCACAGCAGAGAUGAUCUAUAGGAAGGUGCGAGAGGCUGAGGCGCUUGCGUACGAAAACCAGCGAACGCACAACCUUGACACCGUUUUGUUCUUCGACGAAGCCAACACCACCGAGGCCAUUUUUGCCAUCAAGGAAAUCCUGUGCGACCAAACGGUGAAAGGAGAACCUCUGAGGCCACAAAGUGGUUUGAAAAUAAUAGCCGCCUGUAAUCCUUACAGGAAGCACUCACCUGAGAUGGUUGAACGUUUGGAACGUGCGGGACUGGGGUACCGAGUGAAGGCGGAUGAAACCGAAGACCGGCUCGGCAAAGUCCCUCUGAGGCAGCUGGUCUACAGAGUUCACCCUCUGCCUCCAAGCCUGAUGUCUCUGGUGUGGGACUUCGGCCAGCUGAGUGAUUUAACUGAGCUUUCCUACAUCCAACAGAUUGUCCAGAAGAAAGCUUCCGAUCACCGCUUGCCGGCUACCUGCAAGGACAUCAUUUCAAACGUGUUGGCUGCCUCCCAGAAAUAUAUGAGAUGUCGGAAAAAUGAAUGUAGCUUUGUGAGUCUGAGAGAUGUAGAAAGGUCCAUGAAAGUGUUGGUGUGGUUUUACCAACACAGCCGAGACAUUUUCACCGACCUUACUGAUCUUGAUGAUGAUGAAAGGACUCUGAAGUGCUUGGUUUUAGCCAUUGGAGUAUGCUACUACCCGUCUCUUGUAGCCAAGGAGGAGUAUCUGGCGGCAAUCUGUAGGUACUUUCCAAGUCCUGCGAACCGUGUUGCUGCGUUGCAAGAGGAGAUUUCAUCCUGCCAAGACCUUUUCCUCCAGAACGUUCAGACAAGGAAGACCAUUGCCAAAAACAUUGCUCUCAAAGAGAACGUGUUUCUCAUGGUGGUCUGCAUAGAACUGAGGAUUCCUUUGUUUCUGGUCGGGAAGCCAGGCAGUUCCAAGUCUCUCGCUAAAACUGUCGUUGCGGAUGCCAUGCAGGGCCAGAACUCCCACUGCGAGCUAUUUAGAAAACUCAAACAAGUCCACAUGGUCUCCUUCCAGUGCAGCCCUCACUCAAGCCCAGAGGGCAUCAUAGGAACAUUCAGGAACUGCGCUCGUUUCCAAAAGGACAAAAACAUGGACGAGUAUGUCUCCGUGGUGGUGCUAGAUGAGAUCGGUCUAGCAGAAGAUUCCCCGCAGAUGCCGCUAAAGACACUUCAUCCUCUUUUGGAGGAUGGAUGUAUCGACAAUGACAAGCCAGAUCCACACAUGAAGGUCGGCUUUGUUGGCAUCUCCAACUGGGCUCUUGACCCGGCAAAAAUGAACCGUGGGAUAUUUGUGUCCAGGUGGGACCCGAGUGAGGACGAACUCGUGGAGACUGCCAAAGGAAUUUGUUCGUCUUCCAAGCAGAUUCUCCUGAAGAUAAAACAUCUCUUCCCAUCGUUGGCCAAGGCCUUCUUAAACAUCUGCCGUGAGACCUCAAAGAAUCAGUUCUUCGGCCUGAGGGAUUACUACAGCCUGGUCAAAAUGCUGUUUGCUGUAGUGAACGCCACGCAACAGGAGCCAAAUGGAGCUCAGCUUGUAGAGGUUGUCUUGCGUAACUUUAGUGGACAGCCUGAGGGUUUUGAUCCAGUCUUAUUUUUCCAAGACGUGCUGCAAGAUCUGACUGAAAUUCCCAGACCAAGAACCUUACAGAUGAUAUUAAGGAACCUUGAUCAUGGGACCGACGAGGAGAGCCGUUAUCUCCUGCUGCUGACCACAAACAAUGCAGCUCUGCACAUCCUUCAGCAACAAGUCUUUGCAAAAGGAGACUAUCCACCACCUGAAAUCAUCUUCGGCUCAGGAUUCCCAAAAGACCAGGAAUAUGCCCAAAUCUGCCGGAAUGUCAACCGAGUGAAAACCUGCAUGGAGACCGGACGGACCGUUGUCCUCCUCAACAUGCAGAAUCUCUACGAAAGCCUUUAUGACGCCUUGAACCAGUACUACGUUUACCUCAGUAAGCAGCAGUAUGUUGAUCUGGGUCUGGGCUCCCACCGAGUCAAAUGCCGUGUUCAUACAAACUUCCGACUGAUAGUGGUGGAAGACCAGAAGAAGGUGUACGAGCACUUCCCCGUUCCCCUCAUCAACCGGCUGGAGAAACACAGAGUGGAUCGGAGCACCGAUCUGGAGGCAUGGCAGCACCGCGUUCUCAACAAGCUGCGAGAGUGGAUGAAGGAGUUCUCCGGGGAGGCCAAUGAGGACUUCAAGCUCUCUGACAUUUUCAUUGGCUUUCACAGUGAUGCAUGUGCCAGUGCUUUGUUGCAAGCACUAGAAAAGAGACAACAAACUCCUCCAGACAGGGGAGUGGAGCAGAAUGAAGAGGAAAAACAGAAAACACCUGAGCCAGAUAACCAGGAGCAAGUGACCGAGAUGGAGGACGAUCAGGUUGUUGAUGCAAUGGAGGUUGAGCAAGAAACCGAGAUAACGAACGAUGAAUCCAGUGAAGUUAGGGAUGAUAGAGAAAAGUUGCAAAAUGAGGAAAUGAUGGAGAUGGACAAUGAAGACUCCUCCAGAGAAAAGGAGGAUGAAGUCUUCGACUUGGCCAAAGGUUUGUUGUUGAACUGUGCAACCCCCGAUGCUGUGGUGAGACUCAAAUAUUCAGAUUUAGCCAAUCAGGACAAAGAGAAACUUCAGAGAUUGUACUUCCAGCAACAACAUCACCACUCACUGCGGGAUUUCCUGGGAGCUUGUUUGAACGCGCAUCAGGACUCCAGCAAGUUCCUGGAGAUUACAACGUUUUCCAGCUUGCUGACGAAGUUGGAUGUGAGGGUUUUAGCUAACGCUCUAGGGCUGCUUACAGACAGGAUCCUGCUGCUGUCGCUCCAUCAGUUCGACACCGAAGUCUCUUUCUGCAAUAAAAUACGGACGUUCCUCCAGAACGCUGGCAGCUCGCUCCAUGUUCUGUUCAUCCAGAUGGACCUCGAGGAGUCCCAGUGCAGCAACGAGCUCAUCGCGUCCGCAAAGUACUGCGUGAUGAAUUACAUGGCUUCGCUGGAUAUUCAGAUUUGUUGGGUGAUUUUCAUUGUGAAGGUCUCAAGGAUUCCAAGCCAGUCCCGCUACAUUGGUUUCCAAGGAGGUUUCUGGCAUUCGAUCCACAUUGAUGACCUGAGGGAUUCAGAGGACAUGAGUUUGAAUCUGUCGGAUUUCUGUGGAACCCUCAUCAGCACCUUGCUCAAGCCUGCGCUGUCAGAAAACCUGGACGUCACUGAAGGAACGAGUUUAACAAACGACCCAGAAGGUGGCAAAAAAGUGGAGAGAGCACACCUUCACAGCCUGUCUUUAGUCCGGUCCUGCAUCCAAAAAGCUGUGGGUUUACUGAGGGACCCCGACCAUCUGGCAUCAAGAGGCAUGCAGCGUAUGCACAUCCUGCUGACGGUUAUGUCAACAGAUCAAAAUCCCACAGCAGCUCGCUUUCAGAGGGUACUGUUGGGUCGGCUGGCUGAGACGCUGGCUCAGCGGGAAGAAACGAUGGGCGCUCCUAAAGAGUGGGUCAACAGAGAGGCAAAGAAACGGCAGGCGCUGCAGGAAGGAGGAACGCUGAGGCAUACCCUGUGGCGCUGCCUUCAGUCCACUGUGACACCGGUGUUAGCCUCCAUCUUGGAGGUCAUUGAUCGGUACUCCAAUCUGGACCUGCUCUCUGCUGACAGACUCAGUCCGGGUCUCAUACAGCUCUGGAUGGACAUCUUGGCAGACUCACAGAUUUUGCACCUAACACCGCCGCAAAAUCCAAGGUUUCCCAGUGAUUCAGACCAGGAGGUUCUGGUGCAGCACCACUUCCUGUUGGACGGGGAGGAGCAGCCGUGCUCGGCUCCGUUCAGCUGGAUCAUUAAGAUGAACCUGGACAGCUUGUGGGAGGAGUCAGAAUUCACGCCAGUCUUCAAAGAAGGCAACACGGAGAGGGUCCUCCAGUUUGUGAGCAGCUUCUCCGGCAGCCGGCUGGGCCGUCACUUCCAGCAGCUUUCUGAGGAGGAGCGACGGGAAUGUGGUCUUCUGUUCCUGCACGACUUCCUGCUGCUGUCCAUGAGGAUCAAGUCCAAGGAUGAACUCAAGGUGUUCACCAGAGCCUUGCAGGGCUGUUUGACGGAGCUUCAGACGUCCAUGGGAGCCGCUGCUGAUCUCUCUCCCGCUUGGAUCAUGGCAGCUUGGAAGUUUUUUGCAGCUAGACUGGACCUGCUCAGCCACAUGUUUCUCCUGCAGCCACAGUUAGCCACUGAUGUUCUUCAGCGGGGAUCGAUGAGGAACGAGCACAAGGAAAUGGUGGAGGACGUUCUAGCUCUGGGUAUCUGCGUUGAGGAGAUCAAGCUUUUGACUGUGACGUCGCUCGAUGAAUGCAAGUCGUUUGUGAGCAGGGUGGAGUCACUGCAGCCGUGUCUGGACAGAGCCUUCAGUCAGAAAUACGCCGCUCUGUGCAGUGCGGCCUGUUUUCAGCAUCUGGCCUCCAUCAGGUCGUUGUGGCAUGGGAUGCUUGUUGUUGCGUCCUUCAUCCAGCAGAUCAUCUUUAAAGUGAAACAAGACGACUCGAAGCUUAAAGAACUGUCUCUGAAACACUGCAACCUUCAUCUGAACCUGAUGCAGGAGUCGCCUGAUCUGAGGAGUGUAAAGACGCUGCAGCAGCUCAUCCGGAUACUCAAUUCCUUCCAUGAUGAGUGCAUCAGCAGGGAUCUCAGGUUUGGGAUCUCCUGUCCGGUUUGCCUGCUGGAGUUCACCGAGCCGUCCGUCCUGCCCUGCCAGCACGUCAUUUGCCUGCCGUGUCUUCAGAAAUGCAUUGAGCAGCACCGACAUUUCUGCCCAAAAUGCAGAAGAGAUUUGCCAAACAACUUCACGCCAACUGUUUCCCAUAGUAUCAAGGCUGCACUCGAGGAGCAGGCGGCCAUCAGACGCUGCUGUAACUCCUUCUUCCUGGAGGUGGUGUCCCGGUUCUGUCUGUCCGAGGGGCAGACGCCCGAGGAUGGCGUGGUGGAGCUGCUCUUCUCUUUGCUGGUGUCCGCUAACGGAGACGUCUACCGCACCAGAGAGCUCACCCCCUUCAUGGAGUGUGUGGAUAACAGUCCGAUGGUCCGAUCGGUGCUGCCAAAACUUCUGCUGCAGUACAGCUUUGAGCAGGUGAAGACUCACAUCCAGAACUACCUGAAGAAUCUGGAGAAUAACCUUCUGGACCAAGAGGACCGCACAGAGCUCUACCUGCUGUUUGUCAACUGCUUCCAGGAUUCCCUGCUGUGCUCAGCAGCCAGAGAAGUGGAUCCCCAUGUGGAGCAGCAAGCAGAAAUCAGAUUGCUGAGCAGGGUGGCGAGAAAGCAGACUCCAGACAGACAAGAGGACCCAGCAGAGUUUCUCCUGAACGUCGCCCGACUGAGAAUCUGCCUGAGCAACGCUGCCAAGCUGCUUGAGAAGGCUGCAGCCCAAGGUGAACAGGUGCUGUCUGCACGAUACCUGGAGCAGCUGAGAGGGUUGUGUGAGUACAGCGGUAAUGACUGGCUGAGGGUUUACCUGCUGAGAGCCCUGCACAGGCACUCCGGCAUCGAGUGCAUUAUGUCCCUGAUGAACAGCCCCACCUGGGCGUGGCUCUUCCCAUCAGAGCUGCCUCGGCUUCAGAGGACGAUUCCAGGAAGCAUAGACCCCUUCCUUUGCUGCGGGGCAUCUUACAGGCGUCUGAAGAACGCUGUUACCCAGGUUCUUCUGGAGAACAGCUCCGACACUUUUGUGACUGAGCUGCAGAAGCUGAGAGGAUCUCAGGUGAGCCUCGUGGUUCUGGCUCUGUUCAGACAGGUCACCUGCCGCUACAGAUCCCAGGAUGCCAGCGUACACCCUUCCACACAGGAGAUAGAAAGACUGAAAGCUCUCCUCAGAAACAUCAACCAGAACGAGUUGAGGGACUUCUGCUCGUCACUUCUGAGUAAUCGUAUCGGUCACACUGUGUCCGGUCUUCACAUCAGCUCAGAUCUGUCUGUUCUGAGACAAACUCUCCUGGAGUUGCUGGUCCAUCUGGACUCUGUGCUCCUCUGUGGAAACCCUCUUCUGAUUCCACUUUCUCUGAUAGCCUUUCAACCUGAGAAUGUCCCAGACUUUUACCUCCCAACGAUGCCAGAGGAUCACACAAGCGAAGCCAGACAGUGGCUGAGCAGAGAGAGACUCCAGACGUACACCUGUGCCAAUGGACAUGUGUGCUUUGUGGGAGAGUGUGGAAAGCCCAUGGUUAGAUCACAGUGUCCUGACUGCGGGCUUCCGAUUGGCGGAGAAAGACACGUCCCGGUGGCAGGUUUUACUCCCCACACCCAGCAGAGCUGGGAUCAGACCCGGACGGGACACAUUCUCGGUGAGGCUCGUCGGAGGUCCGAAGCCCCCGACAGACAGAUGACGUCGGCCCAGUCUGGCAUCCUGCGGCUGCUGACGCACCUCGCUAUGCUUCAGGGAGCCGUGAAGAAUCAGAGGAGAGUCGGUGACAUGAUCCAUCCCCGGCCGUCUGAUGUUUUACGAUUCCUGUUGGAGCACCUGGAAAAGGACAUGAGAGUACUGGGACAAACUCUGGAUCAGAACACGGACGACACAGCAGUUACGGUUCAUCUGAUCCUGACAAGGUUGCCAGAAGGUCCUGGCAGAGGGAGACCGGAUCUGUCCUCCAAACAGGGACGGCAGCGUUGGGAGAAACUUGUCUUUGAUUCUGCCAUCAACCCAGUACUUCAGGAUCUGCAGCAGAAUCUCGCCGAAGCUCAGGAGAGAAUCGCCUCCGAUGACGGACUCUCUGCAAGCCCCCUGAUGACUCUGCUCUUCGCCGAUCCCGGGAAGAUGUUGUCGUUGCCCUCUUCCUGCCCAACGGAUCGCUCGUCCUUCUGGACACUGCGUGAGACCAUGACGGUGGAGCGGUUCUCUCAGCUGGUGGGGGAGACACGGGGCCAUGGCUCUUUAUCGCUGCUCAGCUUGUUUAUGAAGAAGGUACACUGUGUGCGACAGCUCCAUCACCUGCCUGAACUGGCUGCUCUGCAGUCGGACCUCCUGAGGGUGUUUCCGAUGACGUCAGCGAGCUCCGCUCCCCAGACCAUCGCUCAGACGCUGCAGCGAAUACCUGCAGGGUACCAGAGGAAGGUGCUGGCUGAGAGGGUGGACAGAUUCAUCAAAGUGUGGAACCGCCUCAGAGCCGAGUUGGCGAACAACUCUGCGGAUUUGGGAGUGGACGUAAAUCUCUGUGAGAAGGAGCUGACCGUCGAGAGCUCCGGUGAAUAUCUGACGCCGUGCCGACGUGGUCCUGGUUCCUGUCUCCGAACUCUGGUCGACUUCCUGUUGGAGACUCACAACAGCCUGGUGAGGGAAGCCAGAGGACUGAGCCGCCAGGAGGACAGUGACUACAGCGUUCCAUUGGAGAGGAUAUCAGAGACCCAGCUGACUCUGUGCCACCCUGAGCGAGAGCUGCUGCCGCUCGUUUUGGAGAACUGCGGCUACACUCUGCAGAAAGGCGGGCAGACGGACAGCAGCUACAACCUGCGGGUCAUCCAGACCCAGCUGCUCCGUCGCUUCCUGGCUGGAAAGCCUCUCAUCCAGGCGGACACUUCAAGGUACAUAAACAGGCGUUUGCAGGAUUUCUCUGUGGUUCUAACUGAAGUGAGAGGAAAGAUUCACCAGGAAGCGCCGAAGGGCUCGGUGAGCAGCACCACGACCACCGUCCUGCGCUCCUACACUGACGUUUGCGAUGCGGUGUUCGUGGUGGAGAUUGGCCUUCGCUUCCUCGGAAAGGCCGGCGGAGAUCCCGAGGGUCAGCUGUUGUCUUACCUCGCAGAUUCCCUGAAGAUGGGCCCCCAGAUCUCCAGCACUGUAGCAAAGGGUCUUGGGGAAAGCAAACUGAAACACAGCAUCUUCACCUGGCAGCUUCUGAGUUCGUGGAAAUCAGAGCUCAUGCUCAACAGGAAACAAGACCCGUUUCAAAGGCUACCUUCAGAGUUCCAGCAGAAGCUGUCGGCGGAGGAGAGGAGAGGAUUGAAAGCUUUCCUCGCUGUCACAGAUGUUGAGGCUUUUGCCUUGGAGCUGCAUGAAAUCCUGCUGCUGAAGACGAGCAGCGCUGUGCCUGAUGAGGGCUACCAGCCACACUGGGACAUCAGGUCCACCUUAGAGGUCCAUUUGGAGCAGAAAGACCUUCCGCCUCCACUCGGACUCGAGGAAUUACCGGAGGACAUCACGCUGGGGAAAGGGGCUGAUGUGUGGAGAGCUGCUGUGGAGUUUAAAAGUAGAUAGAAAGCCUGGGAUAGAGCUGAAAUGUGUCCAUUUGUUUUGAGCAAGAUUAUAAUUAUGAAUACAGUGGCCUUUCUGUUGUGUAAAUAUUGUAAUUUAUAUUCAUUGUUGUUUAUCCAUUAAUUAAGGGCUGUAAGAUCAGUUAAUAAAAUAAUACAUUUAUUAGCUGGGGAAAGGGGCUGAUGUAUGGAGAGCUACUGUGGAGUUUAAAAGUAGAUAGAAACCCUGGGAUAGAACCGAAAUGUGUAUAUUUGUUUUGAGCAAGAUUAUAAUUAUGAAUACAGUGGCCUCUCUGUUGUGUACAUAUUUUAAUUUAUAUUCAUUAUUGUUUAUCCAUUAAUUAAGGGCUGUAAGAUCUGUUAAUAAAUUAAUUAAUA